GCGGAGGAUGCAGGCUUUGGAACUGCGAACAGCGACUUCUUCAGCUCUGCCAGGCACUCCGUGACAGUUAUUAUUAUUUUUUUUGGAUGAGCUGCACAUUUCCUGGUUCAGUGGCCCGGCUUUGUGAGCAGCUGACUGGUCUCCCAGGUCUGGCUCAGACUCAGCUGAUGACGCAGAGACUGGGGUCUGUGACUUCCUUCAGAUAAUCGUGAAGUCGGCGAGUUUAGAGAAGAUCUGUUCUUGAGAAGACAAUUCCAGGACUCAGGCAGGCCUAGAACAAGGGCACCAGUCGUGUCUCCAGCUUGGUGGAUCUCCUGCUGGGACCGCUUCUAGGGAGGGCGCUCUCUGGGAGGGAAUGCAAAAGCAGACUGGUUUGGGUUUGAGCCUGCUGCCUGCCUCCGGAAGGGCUCAGAUUUGCAGAGACUCAGUAAAAGAGAUGUUUGGGCUGCCUGGGGUCCUGCUUGCAUUUUCUGAUACCAGCUCCAGGAGGAAAGUGAACUGGGGCAACUGACCAGAUCAAGACUCCGUGGCGGCUUCCUCUAAAGCUUCGAGGUUCAUCCACUAGGAGGAAAAUCUGCCUGCACUGCAAGUGUCCCCAGGAGGAGCACAUGGUGACAGUGAUGCCGCUGGAGAUGGAGAAGACCAUCAGCAAGCUCAUGUUUGACUUCCAGAGGAAUUCAACCUCAGAUGACGACUCGGGCUGUGCUUUGGAAGAGUAUGCCUGGGUUCCCCCGGGGCUGAAGCCUGAGCAGGUGCACCAGUAUUAUAGCUGCCUCCCAGAAGAGAAAGUCCCCUAUGUCAACAGUCCUGGAGAGAAAUUGCGAAUCAAGCAGCUGUUGCACCAGCUGCCGCCCCACGACAAUGAGGUUCGAUAUUGCAACUCCCUGGAUGAGGAAGAGAAGAGGGAGCUGAAACUCUUCAGCAACCAGAGGAAACGUGAGAAUCUGGGCCGAGGCAAUGUCAGGCCCUUCCCCGUCACCAUGACAGGAGCAAUUUGUGAACAGUGCGGAGGGCAGAUUAAGGGCGGCGACAUCGCUGUGUUUGCAUCACGUGCUGGCCAUGGCAUCUGCUGGCAUCCACCCUGCUUUAUAUGCACCGUCUGCAAUGAGCUUCUGGUUGACCUGAUCUACUUUUACCAAGAUGGGAAGAUCUACUGUGGCAGGCACCAUGCUGAGUGCCUGAAGCCACGCUGUGCAGCCUGUGAUGAGAUCAUUUUUGCGGAUGAGUGCACAGAGGCCGAGGGACGACAUUGGCACAUGAGACACUUCUGCUGCUUUGAGUGUGAGACGGUGCUGGGGGGCCAGCGCUACAUCAUGAAGGAGGGAAGACCCUACUGCUGCCACUGCUUUGAGUCCCUGUAUGCAGAAUAUUGUGAUACCUGUGCCCAACAUAUAGGAAUUGACCAAGGUCAAAUGACCUAUGACGGCCAACACUGGCAUGCUACAGAGACCUGUUUCUGCUGUGCUCAUUGUAAGAAGUCUCUCCUGGGACGGCCAUUCCUCCCAAAGCAAGGCCAGAUAUUCUGCUCACGGGCUUGCAGUGCUGGGGAGGACCCCAAUGGCUCUGACUCAUCUGAUUCAGCCUUCCAGAAUGCCAGAGCCAAGGAGUCUCGCCGCAGUGCCAAAAUCGGCAAGAACAAGGGCAAGACAGAGGAAGCCAUGCUGAACCAGCACAGUCAGCUGCAGGUGAGUUCUAACCGGCUCUCAGCUGAUGUGGACCCCCUGUCAGUGCAGAUGGAUCUCCUCAGUCUGUCCAGCCAGACGCCCAGCCUCAACCGGGACCCCAUUUGGAGGAGCCGGGAUGAGCCCUUCCAUUAUGGGAACAAGAUGGAGCAGAACCAAUCCCAGAGUCCUUUGCAGCUCCUCAGUCAGUGCAACAUCAGAACAUCCUACAGUCCAGGAGGGCAGGGAGCAGGAGCCCAGCCUGACAUGUGGGCAAAGCACUUCAGCAACCCCAAGAGAAGCUCAUCAAUGGCCAUGAAGGGACAUGGUGGCAGCUUUAUCCAGGAAUGCCGUGAGGACUAUUACCCAGGGAGGCUGAUGUCCCAGGAGAGCUACAGUGAUAUGUCCAGCCAAAGCUUCAGUGAAACCCGAGGCAGCAUCCCAGUUCCCAAGUAUGAGGAAGAAGAGGAGGAAGAAGAAGGUGGCAUAUCUACUCAGCAGUGCCGGCCCCGUCGUCCACUCAGUUCCCUGAAAUACACAGAAGACAUGACACCCACAGAACAGACUCCUCGUGGCUCUAUGGAAUCACUGGCCCUGUCAAAUACAACAGGUCUGUCUGCCGAAGGUGGUGCCAAGCGCCAGGAGCACCUAUCCCGGUUUUCCAUGCCUGACCUCAGCAAAGACUCUGGAAUGAACGUCUCAGAAAAGCUGAGCAACAUGGGCACUCUCAACUCCUCAAUGCAAUUCAGGAGCGCAGAGUCUGUCCGCAGCCUGCUGUCUGCACAACAGUACCAGGAGAUGGAGGGGAACCUUCACCAGCUCGGCAACCCCUUGGGGUACAGGGACCUGCAGUCCCAUGGAAGGAUGCACCAGAGCUUUGAUUUUGAUGGUGGCAUAGCGAGCAGUAAGCUACCAGGGCAGGAAGGUGUGCACAUCCAGCCCAUGAGUGAGCGCACCCGGAGGAGAACUACUUCCAGGGAUGACAACCGCCGCUUCCGCCCUCACCGGUCCAGGAGGUCCAGACGUUCGCGCUCAGACAACGCCCUGCACCUAGCCAGCGAGCGGGAGGCUAUCUCUCGGCUGAAGGAAAGGCCCCCUCUGAGAGCCAGGGAGGACUAUGACCAGUUCAUGCGCCAACGCAGCUUCCAGGAGAGCCUGGGGCAGGGUUCCCGGAGGGAUCUGUACAGCCAGUGUCCCAGGACUGUGUCGGACCUGGCUUUACAGAAUGCCUUUGGAGAACGAUGGGGACCCUACUUCACGGAGUAUGAUUGGUGCUCCACCUGCUCCUCCUCUUCAGAGUCCGACAAUGAGGGCUAUUUCCUAGGAGAACCCAUCCCCCAGCCAGCCCGCCUACGAUAUGUCACAAGUGAUGAGCUCCUGCACAAGUACAGCUCUUACGGUGUCCCCAAAUCCUCCACCUUAGGUGGCAGAGGACAGUUGCACAGCAGGAAAAGACAGAAGAGCAAAAACUGUAUCAUUUCGUAAUGUGAUAGUGGUCGGGGAGUCGGGGAGAUGGGAGCUAAGAAUGUAAACUCAGAAACGUGCACUGUUGUGAAUUCUCAAGUGCUCUUGGGGAUGGUUCAUGGAGGAGAGAUGGAGAAUGCUCUCAGUCGAGGGAGGCAAGGCUGCAGGUUGACUUGGUAGAUACACUUGGUGUCACAGUUUGGGACGUGUUAAAUAUGUUUUGCACAUUUCACUUUGGAAAUACAGGCUGUGGAGGCCAGGGUAGGUCAUGUCCUUCCAAGGUGUAGUGGCCAUUAACCAGAUGACACACUGUAACCUGCUCACUUAUAUUCUUUCUGGUUCUCUUCCUUUUAGGAAAUACUUUAUUAGCCAGGACCCCAGACUAAGUUAUUUACAUGUUCAUUGUAAAUGCAAUGUAAAUGAGAGUUCUGAUAAAAUAUUUUUGUAUUUUGUAAUAACAACAGAAUUUCUAUAUCGUAGGAUUCAGUGGAGACUUACAUGCAUGUCCACCAAUAUCUUCGAGUGAUAAAUGGUGGCCCAGGACCACCUGGUUUUUGUUGUUUGUUUUGAUUUGGUUUGGUUUUCUUUCUAUACAAAUCUGUUACAUGUCAGUGAGACUAUUUUCAAAGGAGUAUAUUCAAUUUGGCUUUUUGUGGCUGAAAAAGAAAAAUUUAACUAUUCUACCCAAGGCAUUCUAUGCUCUAGAACAUCUGAAGGCCCGCCUUUAAGUCCACUCCCACCCUCAGUAGAAUUUAUUCUCUCUACAAAGUAAGUAGGUUUUUUUUUUUAAUUGCAAAUGUCGCUUUCGCUGAAUAGAGAUAACAACCAGUGUCAGUCCAGUUCUGUGAGAAAUGCCAUCCUUAUUUGGAACCUUGAAGUUGCUUAAUGUCGCUCUGUCCCUUGGGGGGAGUUACAGUGACUGUGAGCGGUGCCAGUGUGUGUGUCAGCAUGGCGUUGUUUUGAGUGUGGAAUUGUUUGGUGCUCAUGUUUCCUGGAUUGUAUUUUCUGCUUUCUUCUUCCAAGGCAGACGGAGCUGCUGCCUUAGCCUGACAACUGUUUGUCCUCAUAGCAAGUGAGCUUCAGCAGUUAGCACUGAGGGACAAGAAGAUGCUGAGGGGAGGGGCUCUGGGUGCACUGGUGUGGUGCACAUUGCACAAGGAGAUUUGAGAACAAAAGGCAGAUAGAUGUUGAAAGGGGGAGAAUAUGAAGGAAAGUCAAGGAGAAAGAACUUGUAGAAAGAAAGAGAGGUGACAGUCACCUUGACUAGUCCCCAGUGCUUUAGAGAGAAUCCAGUUUGACAAGCUUAGUCACCACAGGGGCUGGCUUCUUACCCUGGAGGGUCAAGCUGCUGAGAUGAUAGAUAACAACAUGGAAAAACAGACCUUGUGGCAAAAGAGAUUUCCAUUUUGAACUUUGAGGACUGUUAGUCAGACAGAAAGGCUCAAGAGUGAGUUUGCUUAAAGAAGAUGUUUCACUGUAGGUGAGAUUUUAAAUACAUAGUGAAAUAAAACUUCUUGCCUCGCUUCAGUUUAAAAAAAAAAAAAAAUGAAGCGCUUGCUCUUGGUCCAUUUUCUCGCUCUCCUCAGUGGAUUAUGGCAAAAAUCCAUCAGAGGACCCACCUUUUGUGAGAUGUGCUGUCCCCAUAUGCACAGUGUGUCUCAGUGGCCAUUUGCCAUGGUAAGGUGAGCAUGGUCUCUUUUCAGUAUAGUACUUAACAUUUUCUAGGGUUUUUUUUUUUUUUUUUAAUGGAGAGAAUGUGAAGAGUGGCUUUUCAGACACCGUCCUAAAUGGGUCUGGGGUCAAGGGAGACUGCAAAGGAUGUGAUGAUGACACUCCAUCCAGGAUGUAUUAAAAUGAUUUGCUUUAUAGGUAUUAAUACGACAUUUGUCAUUGUCACUGAUUUUUUUUAAAGAAGCAAUGCAAAUGUUGAUUGUGGCUGUUUUCCGCAUGCUAUCUAUCUUCAUAUCUAAAUGUUUCAUUAAUUAUCCAAGCCUCUGGAGAAUUAACUCUAUUACAUUUGUAUAGUAAGUUAAUAAACUGCUUGGCAAACUGUUUAAGAGAUAAAUAUGCAGCACCGUGCCACUCGAGUGGCAGGUUUCUGGUAGACAUUGGGUGAGUCCAAUUUGGAGCUUUGAGUUUGUUGAUUGGUGAGAAUCAAAAGGCAUUAUUGGGAAAAGAGAAGAGAGGGAAAGUAGAUCAGUUAACAAAUGGCUGAAACCAUGUGUCCUCUCUGGCCCCAAGUCCAAUGAAUGAAAUUUUCCCAUUGAAAGUUGUUUUCUUACAUUUCCCAGAUAUGGUUUGACUAACCCUCAUCCCAAAGAAAAAAGCAAUAGAGAAGCUGCUUAAGUCAGGUCAAGUCUAGCUGUCCAGAGAACAUUCAAGAUCUUUCUGACCAAAACUUAAAAUAUAAUGAGAUACAGGCUUCAAACUGUCCACCAGCAAGAUCAUUUCAGCAAGAUUUCUUCCCGUUCUAAAAGCAGCCAGGUAUCCUACAGAGAAUGUCAUUUGAAGAAGGCCAGUUCCUCACAAUGGUAGUAGGUCCUUAAAGCUACUGUCCAGCAUGACAGUAAACUAGAAUUUCUCUACCUAGAAUUAACAACUAAGAGUUAACACCCAGAAUCUCGUUCCCAAAACUGAAGUGCAUACUUUUCUGAGGUGAGAAUUUAAGGUCCUCCCUGACUCCUCCAGUGUGUCCCUUACCUCCUAUUGGCCAAGUUUCCUAGGGGGUGGGGGGACCUGUACUCAGUCCCCUUAGGUCAUUGUUUUCUCCUCUGUAGACUGGCUUUCAGAAGAGCCGUCUUUCCCUCCUUUUCUCUUUGAUGGUGAUUCGGCUGACCUGUUUCCAUCUCUCCUAUUAUUGGGCUGACUGUUUAGAACUACAGCUUUAGAGUUCAGUUCAUGUCAUACUGCUGCCAGAUCCAGCACCCGCUGGGCCAGCUCUCUUCUCCAGGCCAAGGAGUGUGCAAGUCAUGGAAAGUUUCCUGAGUGCUCUUGCUAGCGCAUCCCACCUUUGGCCCUGCAGAAAGAGUUUGUGCUGAUGAGCAGUAGCAUUGAGCAUUCAGAGGCCCGCCCUUCUGUCCUGUAUAGUUCUAGAUUCCCUACCCUGUGCGAAGGUAAACGGGGUGAGGAAAAUCAGACCUCAUUUCCUGGUUUUUAACAUGCAUAAAGGAGAACUGCUGGUGUCCGUUGUUUGAAACCCUCUUUCUACAUCCUGUAAUAAAUUUCAUUUACUGUCCAAGCAGCUGUCUGAACAGAUUUGGGUUUUCUAAUAGGAAAAGUCACAACCUUUUCCUCUAGAAGCUCCUCCUACAGAGCUGUAGGAAGAUGGCGUUCUCUGCACAUCUUCCAGGAGUUCCUACUUCUUAUGACCUAUUAGCCAUUUUUACGUUCAGGUGGAGCCAUGGUGGCAUGAAUGUAGUAGCCCUUGCUAUGUGUGCUCUACCUGCCACCUCAGUGGAUGAUAAGCAGUGGAUCACCACAGACUUUCCAAGGAGAGUGGAUUCUCACACCAGGUAUCUUUACAGUAUUCAAACAAGCCAGGGCUAAAUGACUAGAGCCGGUCUCUUCUGUCUUAUGACAAAUCUUAUGCAUAAGCUGAUUCUUUUCCUGGGUCUCUGGGAAAGGUACACCAGACACUUAGGAAGCAUUCAUUUCAAAGAAUUGGGAGGCUCUAUUUCCUCUCCCUCCCAUACUGUGGAAGAUACAGGAAGCUGACCUCUUAGGCCGAACACGGCUCUCUUUGGCCUACUCUUUCAUGCUCAGGGUCUUUGCCAGUUAUGUGGGCAGCUCCUGCUCACUUUGCAGAGGUCAGCUAAGAGUCUGUUUUCUCAUCCCAGCCCAUAUUAUAGGGACAUAGGACACUUAAGUUCCAAAGCAGAGUGUUCUUUGUAUACUCCUAACAGAGACCAGACGCUGUGCUUCACAAAGAUCCACCUAUGACCAAGGAGAGUAGAAAAUUGAGCCAGUGGCCUGCGUGGCACCUUCAGGCUCUGCAGACCCUGUUCCACAGGCUUCCACCACUGAUCUUGAAGACAGUUGCACAUUAACACCUUUUGAAAAGUACAUUUCUUUGAGCAUACUGGAAAUAGGAAUGAAACCUUUGCCUUCUUGUCAGUAGUUCGCCCCAGAGUAUGUAUUUAUGAACAUUCAGAAGCCAUGAAGGUCAGGAUGGAGGAAGAAUUGAUUUAUUUUUCUGUUUUCUCAUAUUAGAAGCCCAGUCAACACAAGACCCCCCUAUAGAGCAUGACUAUUGGAAGCUAUUGAUGUUAUAUAAAUUCAUUUCUUGCUUCCAGAACCAGCCUUCCUCGGAGGAAUAAAAUUGAGGCUGGAAAAGUCAUGUGCUACUAACAGACAUUUCUGUUGUUCAGAUGUGAUAAACUCACAAGAUAGAUGUCUAGUUCUAUCUUGAGCAUUUUCUAAGAAAAUCUUCAUGGUUUAAGCUUUUGGCCAUGGGUGUUCAAUAGGUCACCAACCAAACGUUUCUAAAUGUUGGGAGGUUUCUUGCCAAUAUGACCUUCUUUUAUGUUCAUCUAGUUGGCUUCCAUAGAUUUCAAUAAAGCAUUCUGGUUUAAUCCUGACCCAGAGUUAACAAUGUAAGAUCAUCGACUCUUCUGUAGUCUUCAGAGAAGUAGGCCAGCAUUUAUUCUCUCUAAACUCAUUCUUUCCUGCAGAGUUGCUUUGCUCAGAUCCUAUUUAAUUCCACAUGCAUAAACAAAACCUCAGAGGGCCCAAGAAGGUGAAGCAGGCUGGAGUCUGUGUUAUCUGUCAAGUGUCAAGCUGUUUGUUAGGAAGCCUGUCACGGGCUUUUGGCAUGGGUUCUGCCAGAGACUGUUCUGAACACUUUGCUUGAGAUCUGUGCCCUGUAAAGUGGAUAUGAUGUUUUACUGAUUCUGUAAUACAUUUGUAAACUUCCAAUAAAAUUUGAAUAAAAGGAA